AUGAAACCGAACGUAUGUCUCGAAACGACCGUAGAGAACAUACUGCAAGCCGCAUCAACCGACCAAACGGACGACAGUGCGCUAAGGAUCGUGAGCAAACAAUUCCUCUGUGGCACUCCGGUUCGAUCGAUCCGGUGGCAUGGUCUGUUUGAGCGCGAACUAGCCUGGGACGAGCAGGCCGCUUUACUGGACAUCACGGUAGAUCAUCCGCUGGUGCGCCGCUAUCCGCUCAGUGUCGAGUACCAGGCAGCGUUUCUGAAAUAUAUCAUCGCCAAGCUGUCCAGCAUGAACGUUGAGCAACACGAUCGGAUGUACGAGAAGUAUUGCGCGAUGCUGUCACCCGGUACCGAGCUACCCUUGGACGAUCCGUCGAUCGGGCUAAGCUACAAACACUACGAACUACCGCACGGGCAGGGCGUUAUAUCGCUGAAGGAAUCCAGCGCCUUCGUAUCGGACGGAACGACCGGACUGUGUAGCUGGCAGGCGGCCAAAGCACUCUGCGAACACAUAUCGAACAAUCGGGAUGAUUUCCACGGGCGGAACAUACUGGAGCUUGGUUCCGGUGUCGGUUUGUCCGGUAUCUAUCUAGCGAAAUGCUACGAACCCUCGAUCAUCGUCAUGUCGGAUUGUCACUCCUCGGUACUGACAGCGUUGAAGGAAAACGUACGGCUUAACUUCCCCAAUGCGGCACCGGUCGAUUGUGACAAUCCGCUUGUUAGUCUGCUGCUGGAUAGUGGCAACACGCUGAUGGGCGUGAUGGAUCUCGACUGGCAGUACAUUAGUGCGUCCAACCUAAGCCAGCUGAUCGAACCGGACGUGAUCGUGGCAGCGGACAUCGUGUACGAUCACACGCUCUUUCCAGCGCUGAUGUCCACGUUGAACUACAUAUUCUGUCUGUCGCACAAUCGGUGCAAGUUUGUGCUUGCCUGCACCGAACGGAACCAGGACACGUUGAAUGAGUUUCUGCAGCUGUUGAUCACCGCAAAGUUUCGCAUCAACGAAGAGACGGUUUCACCAUCGCGCCACUUUCACUGGGAUAGUAGCGCAUCCAACAUACGUAUCUUUACCAUAACGAGAGCCUUCUCAUAA